AUGGAGGUUUGGAUCGGAAGAGGCUCAUUUGGCGACGUUUAUUUACGAGAAGAAAACGGACAAAAAUGCGUUGUCAAGUACGUGGAAGAGGAUGUCGCCGAGAAUUACCUGAAAGAAAGGGACACUCUUGAAUUGCUCACUCACACAAACAUUGUCGGCUACAUCGGCACUAGGAGGGGAGCAAACGGGAGAUUCGGCAUUCUGUUAGAGUAUUGUGAACUUGGACCACUAAAGGAUUUGAUUGUCAACGAAACAAUCGUUUACUCGAUUCGUUCUGUUGUUGAAUGGGCGCGGGAGUUGUUCGGGGCACUCGAGUUCUUGGAAGAGCACCACAUUGUGCAUCGAGAUAUCAAGCCAGACAACGUUUUUGUCACAGCAUUCUACAACACGAAACUCGGCGACUUUGGCAGUUGCAAAAUAAUCGAGGGAACAUUGACGGGAGCCUCCAUCGCCGGAACAGCCCGCUACACAAACGUGUUCUCUCUCAAUAUGAUGAGAAAACGCAAGAUGGAUGGGAAAAAUUUCAUUCAACUCGAUUCUCCAAUGUGUCGGGGGAACUUCAAAAAGUUUGUCGAGAGUUGUGUCAACUUCAACUACGAUGACCGAUUUAGCAUCUCCGAGGCUAUGAAAGAAAUCAAAGACCUAAUCAAAACGGACAAAACCCUUCUCGAAUUCGAUCUCCUUCCCGAAGCUCAACAGGACCAUAAAAUCCCAAUUCGACCAAUCGGUUUUGACGAGAAGUUUUCAAAGGCGAGAAUCCCCAUUCGAUUUGAGGAUCCAUCUCUGUCGAUUCCAGAUCCAUCCAUCGAUUUGACAAAUGCAUCAAGUAAUGAAAAGAGCGAUCAAAACCAAAAGGCCAUAAAAUACUUCCCAAAGCUUCGAGGCUCCGACCAAGAACGCGAAAAGUUCUUUGCGAAAUUUCUCACUGCCUCGAAAAAGGACCGAGAUGAGUUCACGAGUCGAAUCUCUGACUACAUUGAGUUCCAUUUUCAAACUUUUAACUCGUAUUAUUAUCACGGGAUCGAUGAAAUGAAAGACAAAAUGGAUCUAGACAACAUAGAAAUUCUGUUUGCCGCUUGUUUGAUGAUUGACUACAUUUCUCAACUACAACACUAUCAUAAUACAUUUGAGUUGAUCGACGAUCUCGGAAAAACGAAUUUUGGUGGCUGGUUGAUCUAUCGAGAACUGCUCAAUAUGAAGAGCAUUCUGAGCAACUUGAAGAAGUUCUGCUACACAAGGCGGAUCUACUUCAAGUGCUACUUUUCCACGUACACCCGAGAAGAGUGGUUACUCUUACGAUACGUUGAGGGUCGAGAAUGUCAAUUCGUUUCAAAAGACCUAAAAACGGUGAGAACCUAUUGGGACAAAACGACAGACACCGAACAACUCUGGCAAGCCUUGUCAAAGGUAUUUAAAGGUCGAGAGGUGCCUAAACAGUUGUAUCUACGGCGAUUGGAAAAGGGAAAACGUUUCGACAUCGAGUCGAUCGUCGGAACGCUCGACGAAUGCGAGGAGAUGACCUAUUUGAGUGACGAACCGCUAGACAUCUACAUGCUAGUCAACUCCCUAGAAGAAAAGCUCAAAAAAUUGGGAACAUCACUAGAGAUCAAGUGCGAUAGUUUUAUUCUACCACCACCCGAGGUCGAUUCAACAAUGAAACCAAUGGUAGAUCGACUGAAACUCAAAGACUCGGCUUAUCCCGGUUACAUUUUCCAGUUGAAAAAUCCUCCUCGAUCAAACUGUUUGUGUUCUGAAACAUGUCCAUUAAUUUGUGGAGUACCAUAUCCAGAAGAGAUUCCCUAUCAGAUGAAAUUAUCCUACUUUAAGUGCUCAAGUAACGACAUGAGACGUUACCUAGAGUUCUAUGCCAACUUUCGAAUCGGAAUGGACAUUGCCCUGAGAAAAGAGAAGAGAAUCGAAGUCAUCGAUUAUGAUCCAGAGAAUUUGAGUGAAGAGUUUUCAAGAGGAAAUUACUUUCUCUUUUCAUUAAUCAAGGUGAAAAUGAACGGGAAAAUUGAAGAGCUGUUAAUGCUUGACACUCCAUCGAAUUGUAGUGAGUUUGAGAGUAUUCCAUGUAUAGAUUUCCACUUCACACUGUUCACGAUUGAGGCCUCGAAAAUUGUGAAACUGAAUUUGAUUCCAAAAAUCUCAUUGGUGCCGAUAUUCUACGAUAAGGAGUUCAAGUUCACGUUGCUGAAACCAAAAGAAAGGGUGAUCGAUCUACUGGAUGGUUUGGAC